UGUUGGAGAGGGAGAGGAGGAGACUGGAGAGGUGGUCGGCUUUUGCCGCUAGCACGCGCGACUAAUCCGGGCACACGACCGACCGCAUGCGGCCGGCGUAGACAUCUAACGCAAGCCGGGACGCGAACAUCUCAACACCUCCGCAGCUCGUUUUUUUUAUUUCGCCCUGCUGCUGUUCGGAGCUUGGUUCCUAGGGUUUCCAAGAUAUCUGCCGUUGUCUGAUAUGUCGUUCGAUCUGGUUCUUAAACCGGCGUGCGAGGGAUGUGGGUCGCCGUCGGACCUCUACGGGAGCAACUGCAGGCACAAAACCCUAUGCCCUUCAUGCGGUAAGACCAUGGCGGAGAACCGCACCCGGUGCAACAUCUGCGGCGUUCCAAUCAGUAGACUUAUACGGGAGUACAAUGUUCGCGCAAGCACUAAUACAGAAAAGGCCUACUUUAUUGGUAGAUUUUGUUCAGGUGUGCCGCCCUUUUCAAAGAAAAAAAAUGUUGAGAAUAAGUGGACUAUUCACAAGGAUGGUCUUCAAGGCCGUCAGCUGACAGAUGCUCUGCGGGAAAAGUUCAAGAAUAAGCCCUGGGUUUUGGAGGAUGAAACUGGCCAGCAUCAGUAUCAAGGUCAACUUGAAGGGUCGCAAUUUGCUACCUAUUAUUUGCUUGUGAUGCAUGGGAAGGAGUUUGUAGCAAUACCUGCAUGUUCUUGGUACAACUUUAACAAAGUUGCUCAAUACAAGCAAUUGACCUUGGAAGAAGCUGAAGAGAAGAUGAACAAGAGAAAACAUAAUGCUACUGGUUAUGAAAGAUGGAUGAUGAAAGCAGCAGCUACUGGAGCUGCAGCUUUUGGUGAAAUAAAUAAAUCUGAGGGCUUUGGUAGUGGUGGUGGUGCUGAGGGGUUUCGGCCUAAGAAGGUAAAAGGUGAGGAGAAUGGCGAUCAUUCUGAUAGAGGCGAGGAAAAUGAGCAAGAAGAAGAAUCAAGGAAGACUAGGCUUGGGCUCCACAGAAAGGGUGGAGAUGAUGAUGAGGAUGGUGGAAAAGGGGACGAUAUGGAUGAUGAUGACAUUGAAAAAGGUGAUGAUUGGGAGCAUGAAGAAAUAUUUACUGAUGAUGAUGAAGCUGUUGGAAAUGAUCCAGAAGAACGGGAAGAUCUGGCUCCUGAAAUUCCUGCUCCUCCUGAAAUUAAGCAGGAUGAAGAUGAUGAAAUUGAAGGUGAAGAAGGUGGGCUGAGUAAAUCUGGGAAGGAAUUGAAGAAGUUACUUGGCAAAGCUGCCGGGCUUAAUGAAUCUGAUGCUGAAGAAGAAGACGAUGAUGAUGAUAUGGAUGAUGAGACUACAAUUUCUCCGGUGCUUGCCCCAAAACAAAAGGAUGCACCAAAAGAUGAACCUGCUGACAACAGUCCUGCAAAACCAGCAUCUGGAUCUGCUCGAGGGACACCAUCUAGCUCCAAAUCAUCUAAGUCAAAGAAAAAGACGGGGAAUGAUGAUGGGAAGCCUGGUGCAAGUACACCGGCAAAGAAGGAAACUAAAACAUCAUCUAUCAAGGAGGAGUCGCCCUCUACCAUUCAAGUUGGUGCAUCUUCAAGAGGUUUAUCUUCUGCAGCUGCAAGAGCAACACCAACACCUAGUGGCCCUGUUACAGAGGAUGAAAUUAGGUCUGUUCUAUUAGCGAUGGCUCCAGUCACAACACAGGACCUGGUUGCUAAUUUCAAGGGAAGAAUUAAAUUGAAAGAGGAUAAAGCUGCUUUUGCAGAUAUUCUUAAGAGAAUAUCCAAAAUUCAGAAGACUAACGGUCUAAACUACGUCGUGUUGAGAUAAGCUAAAUUUUGUUCUGAAGUCUUCUUUGCUCAUAUUUUCCUGAACUUUAUUUUGUUAUGUAAAACCAACCCCUUUGUGUUGAAUGAGAUUAAUGAUUAUGAUGAUCUGUUCAGUGUUAAAUUGUGAGAGGUUGUCAUAUUUAUGAGAAAGAAGAUUGUAAAUAAAUUCAGAUUGGGGAAAAUUUGCAUAUCUUCAAUUGAUUUAUGAUGGGUUUUAUAGUCA